AUGGGAGUGCAGGGCUUCCAGGAGUACCUGGAGAAGCGCUGUCCCGGCGCUGCGGUCCCCGUGGACCUGCUGAAGCUAGCCCGGACCGCGGCCCGCCAGCCGCCACACCCGCACCCUCACCACCCGCACCAUCCUGGGCCUCACCACCCUGGGCCCUUGCCGCCGCCUCCUCCGCCGCCGCCCCCGCCCGCUAGGAUCCUGGUGGACGCCGACUCCGGCCUGCAGCGCCUCUACGGCGGCUACCAGACGGACUGGGUGUGCGGCGGGCAGUGGAACGCCAUGCUGGGCUAUUUGGCCGCACUCUCCCAGGCCUGUUUGUUCCAGGGGGGCCUGGAGCUCGUGGUUGUGUUCAACGGCACGCUGGGCAAGGAGCGCUGGCCCGAGUGGGCGCGGCGAGCUCAGGGCCAGCGACAGACCGCGCAACUCAUCGUCAACCACGUCGGCAGCAAGGCCACCCCGCCUCCCCGGGCAUGGUUCCUGCCCCCGGCCUGCCUCAGCCACUGCGUCCGCCUCGCCAUGUUCCGUUUCCGCGUGCGGGUGGUCCAGACAUUGGAGGAUCAUCACCAGGAAGUGCUGUCCCUCUACAGGGACUAUGGCUUCGCUGGGCUGAUCGCUCAAGAUUCGGAGUUUGCGCUGUGCAAUGUCCCUGCCUACUUCUCCUCGCACGCGCUCAAACUGAGCUGGAACGGCAAGAACCUGACCACGCACCAGUACCUGCUGUCGGAAGCCGCCAGGCAGCUAGGGCUCAAGACCCAGCAUCUGCCCUGCUUCGCCGCUCUGCUGGGAAAUCAUAUUCUGCCUGAUGAAGACCUGGCUGCCUUCCACUGGAGCCUGCUGGGACCAGAACACCCACUAGCAUCUCUCAAGGUGCGAGCCCACCAACUGGUGCUGCCGCCCUGCGAAGUGGUCAUUAAGGCCGUGUCGGAGUACGUCUCAUCCAUCAAAGACCUCGGAAACCUUGACGCCAUCGCCAGAGACGUCUUCAAGCAGUCGCCGUCUCGCAUGGAAGACAAAGUGGAUAGAUUUAAGAGAGCUGUGGAAUAUUUCUCAGCGGCCUCCAAACCACGAUCGCCUAACAUGGGACCUCCCUCUUUCAUUUUACCUGGGUUUGGGCCCACUCCAUUCGGGGGACCACCUGGCCACAUGGGACCGAUGCAUCCUGGAAAAAAUCAGUUCCCUCACCCCCAGGCACCGGCCGGCUUCAAAUCGCCUUUUGCAAAUGCUCCAUUCGGACACGGCUCGGCACCUCUGUUUCAGAACCCACCGGCGCCGUCCCAAGACUGCAACGAUUCCCCGACUGGAAAGAUGGGCUUCUCCGACUGGUCGGCGCCAUAUGAUUCCUCUCAGGGUGGAGGGCGUUUGCCCAAUCAUCAUGCCGGCGCUCAGUCCGGCCCUUCCCCGUCACCGUCCUCUUCGUCGGACGGCGACGAACCCAACGACAGUAACGCAAACCAUUUGACAGACAAGCCGUCCCGCUGGGAGGAUCCCGCGGGAAGGGACGGCCCAACCCCUGGAGACGCUUCCCAAGGCAACGGCGGUGGGUCCGGCAUCCCGUCACUGCUGUCCAUGGCCACGCGCAGUCACAUGGACAUAACCACGCCCCCUCUGCCUCAGGUUAGCGCCGAGGUCCUCCGCGUCGCCGAGCACAGACACAGAAGAGGGUUGAUGUACCCGCAGAUCUACCACAUCUUAACCAAGGGAGAGAUGAAAAUGCCGGUGUGCAUCGAGGACGAGUGCAAUUCGGAGCUUCCUCCUGCUUCAAUGCUGUUCCGCGCCGCCAGACAAUACGGUUACGGGGUCCUCUUUAGUUUGGCCGAAACGCAGCGGCGCCUGGAAAGGCUGGCCCUCCGCAAGAGAGCUCCCUUGGAAGUUCCUCCGGUGAUCGUGAAAGAGUGGAGCAGCGGCAAAGCCAAGUCUGCGCUGACUCCUGAACUGGUCCCGGCUCUGUGUUUCCGGGAGUGGACCUGCCCCAACCUGCGUCGGCUUUGGUUGGGGCGUGCCAGCGAGGACCGCUCACGCCGGACCAGGGCCUUUCUGGCCUGCCUGCGCUCCGACUGCCCAGCCCUUCUCAACCCGGCGCAGGUCCCACAACAUCUGCUGCUCAUGUGCUGCGUCCUCAGGUAUAUGAUGCAGUGGCCCGGCGGACGGAUCCUCCAGAGAAACGAGCUGGACGCCUUCUUGGCCCAGGCAGUCUCCAACCAGCUCUACGAACCGGACCAGCUUCAGGAGCUCAAGGUGGAGAAGGUGGACGCACGCGGCGUGCAGCUGGCUGCCCUCUUCAUGGCCGGCGUGGACACGGCGCUAUUCAUCAACGACGUGUGUGGGCAGCCGUUGCCGUGGGAACACUGCUGCCCCUGGGGCUUUUUCGACGGCAAGCUGUUCCAGAGCAAGCUGGCUCGCGCCGCCCGCGACCGUGCCGCCCUGCUGGACAUGUGCGAAGGACAGGAGGAGCUGGUGUCCAAGGUGGAGAAGAUGCGGCAGGCCAUACUGGAGGGCGUCAACCUUUCUCGUCCUCCUCCGCCACCUCCUCCUCUUCCGCCCCCUGCCUUCUUACCACCCGCCAUGGUGCCACCGUUCUACCCCAUGCCGCCCCUCUACCCGCCUCGCCCCAUGGGCGGCGUGCCUCCUCACCACCCGCAUCAUCCGCAUCACCCAGCCCAGCACAGACCCAGAGCCUUCCCAGGCAUCCAGUCCAUUCCCCCUCAGGGAGGAAAGCUGGAGAUCGCUGGCAUGGUCGUCGGCCAGUGGGCCGGGAACAAACCCAUUCGCGGCAGAGGGGGCUUCAACAUGCAGGUGGUUUCGGUCGGAGCCGGGAAAGGCAGAGGAAAAGAGAUCCCCACCAAGCUAAGGGGAGGAAAAAAAGCAACUGCCAACAGAACACAGACAUCGCCGCCCCCUCCAUCCAGCAGUCCCCCAAAAGCCUCAGAGGAGGCGGGCCCAGUGCCGGAGGUGGCCGCCCGGCAUCUGAACGGCGGCUCGACGCCCUCGGACCCGCCCCCCCCGGCCCAGCCGAUCCAGUGUGCCUUAGCCAGCAGAGACAACCAAUCGGAGGGGGCGCCGGCCGAGGCCCCCCGUUGCCUUGACGACUGCCCGUCGGACGGAGCAUUACGGAAGGAGGAGUGA